UUUCAAAAAUUUAUUUCUAUAAUCAGAGAAAGAAGGGAAAAAAACUUUUCUCUUUCUCCACACAAGCAAAAACAAAAACUCGAGCAGCCGCUCCUCUAGCAGCGGCGCGUUGUCUUCACAUUCCGUCGUCGACGAAUCUCCUCCUCUUCUUCAACUAUCUCGCCGAAGCUUCCAAACCCGUAGGUAGGAGGAAGAAGCCAAAAAAUGCCUCCUUAUGAUUGCAUGCUUCUAUUCAAGCCACAUGUGAAAAAAGAAGCCCUAAUUGGUUUAGUUGCAAGGAUUGGAAAACACAUAUGUAGAAGAAAUGGGGUUGUCACUGAGGUUAAGAGUUUUGGAACAAUUCAGUUGGGCUAUGGUGUCAAAAAGCUUGAUGGCAGGUUUUUUCAGGGCCAACUGAUGCAAGUGAGCAUGAUGGCUACACCGGAAAUCAACAAAGAGCUGCAUUACCUAAACAAGGAAGACAAACUACUGCGUUGGCUUCUGGUUAAGCAGCGUGACACAAAGUUUGGGCUUGAGUUCAUGGGAGAUGAAGGUAGAUUAGAGCCAAGCAGAUUCUCUCAAAUAAAUAAACCUGAUGACGACGAUGAUGAGGAUGAAGACGAUGAAGAAUAUGAAGUGAACGAAGAAGAAAACAGAAUGAACUAAAAGAUGGUUGUAUUUUAUUUGUUUCCAUUAGGAGAAAGAUGAAACCGUAGUGCAUGCCAAACAUAUUGAAGAUUAUGAUUAGUAAACAGCAUGUUGUCUCUUGAUUUUAGACAAUUAACUUUUUGUAACUUGGUGAAAUAAUUUAUUUACAAACGUGUUGAACA